GCACUUUAUAAUCCAACAUGGCGGACGAGAAGAAAGAAUUCACGUUUUCAAUAAACAAAGAUUUUGCGAAGAAAUUUGAGAAGAACAAGCGACGAGCAGAGCUCGAACAUUUAAAAGCAAAGUAUGGCGAUGUUAAGUCAGACUCAGAUUCAAGCUCUUCAGAGACAGAGGACGAAGAUGCCAAGGAAGUCACAUCACAAAAAGAAAAAGAGUUCCUAACUGUUUUGUCGCUGCUAAAGGAAAAAGAUCCAAAGAUCUACGACAAAAAUGCACACUUCUAUGAGAGUGAGAGUUCCUCUGAAAGUGACGAAACUGAGAAGAAACCUGCUAAACCAGUUUAUUUGAAAGACUAUGAAAGACAACAACUUAUUGAAAAAGGAAGCAAAGCAUUUGUGAGUGAUGAUGAAAGUGAAGAUAACACAUACAAGAAUAAGCAGGAUCUUACUUAUAAUGAAGAACAAAAGGUCCUUCAAGAAAGUUUUAAGAAAGCUGUUAUGGAAAAAAGUGAUGAUGAAGAUGACUUUCUUAGUGUUAGAAAGAAAACAGAGCAAGAGAAGAAAAAGGAAGAUGAUGAAUACAAACAAUGGCUGAAAGGUGUAAAAAAAGAGUCAAAAGAUAAAGACUUGGAUGCUCUUCAGAGAUAUUGGAAUGAUCCCAGCCUUGAUGAAGAUGAGCAGUUUUUGAAAAAUUACAUUCUUGACCAAGGAUACAAGGAUAAAGAUGACAUAAGGAUUCCGACAUAUGAUGAAAUUGUGAAUGAUGAGAAAGAGAAUUCGAAACUGGAGUAUUUCAGUAUCAGCAUCAUCAAAAAAUGUUACUUCUUCAUUCAGAUUAAAACCUACCCAAGAACAGUAAGAGGAUCUGUUAGACAGAAGGAUGAGAAAAGAACAGAUGCUCGGAAAAAGCGAGAGGAACGGAAAAAGAAGGAAAAAGACCAAAAAAGAGAAGAACUUAAACGACUAAAGAACCUCAAGCGAAAAGAAAUUGAAGAAAAACUUCAAAARCUCAAAGAUAUCACGGGGAACCCAAAUGUUGGAUUUACUGAAGAUGACAUGGAAGGUGAUUUYGAUCCAAAAAAAUAUGACUCAAUAAUGCAGAAAGUAUUCAAUGAAAGUUACUAUGAAGAUGGCGGAGAUGAUGAGAAACCAACUUUUGAUGAUGAUGGAUUAGAUUUAGAUGAUGAAGAGAACUGGGAUGAGUGGGAAGGUUGUCAUGACUACACUGAGGAAGAUCCCAAUUCCAAUUAUGAUGACUCUUACUAUGACAAUGGAAAUUUUAAUAUGGAUGCUGACUAUGACCCAAGUAUGGACGAACAUCAGUCAAAACGAAGCAAACSAUCGUCUGCCUUGAGCCGUGCCUUGAAUAAGCAAAAACCUUUAUUCGAUCCAAACGAAAAAUCAUUUGAGGAUUAUUUUGAUGAGUAUUACAAGCUGGACUAUGAAGAUAUCAUCGUUGACCUUCCWUGYCGAUUCAAAUACAGAARUGUUUUACCAAAUGACUACGGUCUCUCMACAGAAGAGGUCCUCAAGUUUCCAGAAAAAGAACUUAACCAGUGGGUAUCUGUCAAGAGAAUGUCUCAAUACAGAACCGAGGAAGAGGAAAGAAAAGAUUUAAAGAAAUAUAAGAAACUUUCACGAGAUGAGAARCGAAAAAGACGAAUAUUUAUUUCGGAAGAUAAACCAACAGAUAACGAAACAGAACAUGCACCAAAUGAUAACCAACCCACAACGACAAAAGYCACGAAAACCGAUCAAGAUAMACAAGUAAAUACAGAAUCCACAACUAGCCGGCARGUAAAUGGUAGCAACGAAAGGCUGACACAAUCCACACAAGUCAAACAUCACAAYAAACAGCAAAAGAAAGCCGCCUUGUCAAGGAGAGGUUGGAGAAAGAGRCCYACUMCUCAAGAAACCAAAGCAAUGGCCGACAAGAAACGACUUUCACGAAAAUUCAAAGGUGCGAACAAAGGAAAACUCGCUGGACUUUCUACAGAGAGACUUGCAGCAUAUGGAGUGAAAAGAAAAAGGAAAACGUCGGAAUAGAAAUGCAUUUUAUUAUAUGUGAUGGACGGAAUGAAUGAUAUCUGAGGGCGUGGCGAUUUCUCUUUACGAUGGAAAAUGGUGCAAAAAAUUGCGCGCGUCUAAAAUGGCACGAAAGCAGUGCGGGCGGAAUGUCAAAGGUUCAAAAUCUCAACAAAUAGAGACAAGAAUAAUAAAAUAGUAUAUCGA